AUGCCCGUUUACCAUUCGAGGCACAAUGGAAGCAACGCGGUGAGCGUUUGCGGAUGUCCUUUGGUGCCCUUGAAGACCGCUAAGUACAGAGGACCUGCUCCCACUCCUGCCUCACUGGGCCUCACUGACGAGUUCGUCGACUUGGUGGACGAGGCUUUGAGGAGCUUUCGAUGGAAUAUUCUGUUCAAGAAUUUCGAGGUCUUGGGCGAUGCAGACCGUGUUUUGGUGUAUCUGACCCUAUGGAUCCAAAAGUGUUUGUCAGUGGCGUCGCAGGCCGGCAGCGCUGAAGAUGCUGCGCGCCAGUUGGAGGUCGUGGCUGCCUCAGAGCUGCCAGGGCCUGGGGAAGCCGGGUUUAUCCUGGGAAGUUGGUUCAAAGCGGGACCGCCACAGGAUUGCCAAAUGGCCAAGGCUUAUCUGAAGCAGCUCCGGCAGGAGACGGCAUCCCGACUGCUGCCGCUGUUCUAUCCUGAUGGGCAGCCAAGCAAGUGGUGGUUUUGA